AUGCUAGCUGCCAAACUAACUCACAUGAAACCACUCAAAAACAACUCGAAAACCCUGGUCACGACGCUAUGUAUACUGGUCACUGAAAUGUGUGAGAGGUUAACCUACUACAGUAUUGUAGCCAACUUGAUCUUGUUCUGCACGAGUCACCUGGAUAUACCUCAGACCACAGCCACCACCAUCAACCAGGUCUUUUCAG